CCAAAACACCAAAAUUUCCUACGUGUCGAAAUCGUAUUGGCUGGAACACUGAACCCUAAGACUCUUCUAUGUGAAUGUGUACUUCAUCAGUACCAUAUCUGAGAGAGAGACAGAAACACUGAGACUUUGAAGAACUGAAGAAGCAAGAGAUGGCUCGGACGACGUCGUUUUUGCUCUGCACCCUCGUCCUUUUCGGAACCCUAGCUCUCAUCCAGGCAAAGAAGUCAAAGGAGGAUCUGAAGGAAGUGACCCACAAAGUUUUCUUUGAUGUUGAGAUUGCUGGCAAGCCUGCUGGUCGGGUUGUAAUCGGUCUCUUUGGGAAGACGGUUCCCAAGACUGCAGAAAAUUUUCGAGCUCUUUGCACAGGGGAGAAGGGCAUUGGAAAGAGUGGAAAACCUCUCCAUUUCAAGGGUAGCAAAUUUCAUAGGAUUAUACCCAGUUUCAUGAUUCAGGGAGGUGAUUUCACACUUGGUGAUGGAAGAGGUGGAGAAUCAAUUUACGGAGAGAAGUUUGCUGAUGAGAAUUUCAAGCUGAAGCACACUGGCCCAGGGCUUUUGUCAAUGGCAAAUGCUGGUUCCGACACCAAUGGUUCACAGUUCUUCAUCACAACUGUGACAACUAACUGGUUGGAUGGCAGACAUGUUGUAUUUGGAAAGGUGCUGUCUGGAAUGGAUGUGGUUUACAAGAUUGAAGCCGAAGGAAAUCAGAAUGGCACACCCAAGAGCAAAGUCGCGAUCGCAGACAGUGGCGAACUUCCUCUCUAGAUGUUGCUAUCUUUCUCCAUAUACUGAGUGAUAGUAGUUGUAACUGUUCUACUUAUCCUUAAUUUUCCAUGUUUGAGAUCGCUGAAGAUGUUAUAAUAAUGUACCAAUAGAUUUCUUAAUUUGAAGUGGAUAUUUCAAGCUCC